AUGCAUAUCCACAAGCUGCGCAAGAAGACGAAGAAGAAGAAGGAGGGCAAGUACUUCACCAAGAAAAGUAUAUUGAAGAAGUUAUACCUGAACGACAAGGAAUUUCAAAAGUUGUGCAUCUUCAAGGGCAUCUACCCCAAAGACUUUAAGGAAAUACCAGUAAAAUUAAGAAGAAAAUUCUACAGGCAAAAGGUAUACUACUCCAAAAAUGACUUGAACAAAUUGGCCCAUGAAAAAAUUAUACAAGACUUUCGAAAAAUCGCAACAUGUUUGAAAAAGUAUAAAAAAUAUAAAGUGGCAUUGGAGGAUCAGGAAAAAUGUAAAACCCUGAUAAAAAAUUUCCCAAAGUAUGCACUGGAUCAUAUAAUUAAGGAACGCUUCCCUGUAUUCUCCUACGCAAUAGAAGAGCUAGACGAUGCACUAAGUGCAGUAGUUGCUUAUUCGUUACUUCCUUCCAACGAGAAUAUCGGAGUUUUAAACCGCUUUGUUACAAACUGCGAAGUGAUAAAAAAUCACUUUCAUCACUUCAUUUACAAAACGAACAGAAUUAAAAAAGGGUUCAUAAGUGUAAAGGGCUAUUACCUACAGGCAGAAAUUUUGCAGAAGAAAGUUACAUGGCUUAUACCCCAUACAUUUACGCCUUACUUAGACAAGACCAUUGACUUCUCCAUGAUCACCACCUUUAUCGAGUACUACAUUUGUCUGCUCAAAUUUGUCCUCUUCAAACUUUACAAAAUGCACAAUAUGACGUACCCUCCUGAACAGAGCGAACUGCUGAAAAAUGAACAACUCAGGCACCUGUCAUACGACGAGUAUUUGAUUUCGCUCUGUAAGGAGAAGUUCGGGAGUUCGCACGGUCAGGUGGGGGAGAAAAAUGUACUCACACUGGAUGGCGCCCACCCUGUGGUGCAGUCUACACAGGACGGUCACCACCCAAACCAGCGCGAAGAAGAAAUAGAAGAAAUAAAACACAACAUAGAUGAAGAAAAUGACACCCUGAAGGAGUUAUUCAAAAAUCAAAUAUAUUAUAUCCACACGGACAUGCCUCUCGAUAUACUUUCUCUUAUUAUCCUUUCUUGUGGAGGUUCCAUAGGAUGGAAUUCCCCGUACUCCCCUUAUCAGCUAGGCGACAACAAUAUCACUCACGAAAUUUUAGAACCCUAUGGUGAAGGCAAACAAAUGGAGCAGCAAAAAUUUGAUAGGAUGUAUGUACAACCUCAAUACAUAUUCGAUUGCCUGAACAGAAAAAAAAUUCUCCCAUGUAGUGAUUACUCUGUGGAUGUAACAAAUUUACCUGUGCACCUCUCUCCUUUCAUUGAGGAUGACAACUUUAAAAACUUUGUGAAAAAGGAGGAAUACGCAAUUAACAAGUUGUUGAAUGAAGAGGCAGAGAAAAAUGCCCAGGACACUGACGCAGAGGAAACAGCAAAAAAAUAUGAACAUGGUCAGGCAAAUAAAGACGAGGAUUUGCUCAUAUCAGACGAUGAAUUAAGUAAGGAAAAAUUGCAACUACUUAGAAAUGCAUGUUUAAAUAAUCAAAUGGAGUUGGAAGAUGAGGACAAUUACGUUCCAGUGAGGGAUGAAACCCUCAAGAAUAAUGCGCAGAGAGUUAAGGAGUUGCAGGCAGCUCAAACGACGGAACAUAUACAGAGACGUAAAAUCGCCCUCAGUAAAAAGAAACGAAAGUUGUAUGCAAGAAUUGAAAGAGCCGAAAGGAAACAAAAAAUGAACAUUGACAAGUUUAUUAAUAAAGCCAGAGGGAAGAAUUUAGCUGGCGGCGCGAAAAAAAAAAAAAAAAAAAAUUCAAGCAGAGCGGGGAGCAGGCGGCUAUAUAAUAAUUAA